GAACGAGCUGCUAAGAGGGUAGGCCUAAAGGUUGGCUUCAGUGGUAGCUUUGUCGCCUACCUCACCCCUCUCCAUGGCCUCUUCAUUAUCAUCUACUUAAUCUUCAUCGUUGACUCUCUCGUGUAUGGGGUCAUUAGCGCUUCGAUGAAGGAGAAGUUCAAAUACGUCUUGCGUCAGUGUCUUAGGGACAUGAGGGAGAGAUCAAAACUUAUGGUCCUGGGGUGGAUCACGCGCCUGGUGCUGUUGCCCUUCCAGGUGUUCGGAGUGCUGGGUUUCCUCCUCUUCGUGCCCUAUCUGGCCAUCCUGUUGGUCCUAACCAUUCCCAUCAUCGCCUUCUACAUCUUCCCCACCCUCAACCUCAGCCUCAGGCUCAUCAUCCACCUCUUUAUCUUCAUGUGUCCCAGGAGCUGUUGCGGCAGAGUCACUGACAAGGUUUCAGAAUGGUCCGAGAAAAUGGCGAUAGUGAAGAAACACUUGAACAUGCACGAAGUGACGGCAGACGAGAGCUUUAUUAGCAAGUCCCAGUACACCACCAAAGGCAUCAUCCUCCAGGUCAUAGUGGUCAGCAUGUGUCUUAUAUCGUUCUGGUGAUCCACAAAGAGCUGCUUGCCAUGAAGAGAGAUGAGAUCAAUGAAGUGGCCAAGAAGGAAGCUCUGGAUCAAGAGAACACGUCGUUCAAUGUGGCAGGAACCAUGGCAAAGUCAACGCCGCUUGAGGAGGUUGUGCCCAGGCUGAAGAUCAAGGAUGUUUCUGGUAAAGGGGAUCGCCAACCCCAGUGGCAGACGUCCAGCAUGCUCGUGUUUCUGGACCGGCAUGACACGCCAUACACUCCCGAGAAGUUUUUCUUUGAAACCAUUGAUCUGAACUACUUCGGCUGCCCGGGCCCUAUCUAUAGAAAUGUGACCACAGCUGUGUGGGAGUUCGCGCGUAUCGUGAUGUUCCUCUUGUUUGUCUUUGUGGUUGUCAUGGCAUUCGGCGACGCCUACCAGGUGUCCACGACCAAUCAGCUGUUGGCUACGGUAGUCGGUGGCUUCGUACCCUUCUUGUUCAGGUAUAUCUUCACGGCGAGUUCGGGAGUAGAUGACAUUGACACCAGCAGCAUUCAGUUCAAAACCGAGUUCCACAAAGCUAUCAACAACUACCGCCAGUCUUGGACUGUCUACGACAUCAUCCCCAUCAAAGACGGAAUCAAGGAAUGGACGGGACUCCCAGACCCCGACGAGACUACUGUGUCUUCUGUUGACGGAAACGGAAACGAGAGCGGAACCGGAAACAACGGAACGACUUUAAACGAUCCUAACUCGUCAACCACACCUUUGCUGGAAACUUCCGGUAUGUCUACUCCGGGAGAAGAUGUUGACCUUGAUGGUGGAAACAGACCGACAUCUUACGUUUCUAUUGCAGACGAAUUGGAUGAUGUGGAUAUCAUAGUUGAUAUCUCCACGCCCAAGACACGCACGGUAAACACUCUGCUGACGACGGGUUUCGAAAAAGGAUCUGUAACAAUGUUAGACUCCAGCAACUACAGCAGAGGAGGGAGUGCUAGGAUCUAUAAACCCUCGUCUAACGAAAGAGCCAUUGAUGUUGUUUAGUCUACGUUCAAACGUUUUUUCCUUAUGUUUCUUGUGAGCUCGAUUUUGUCAAGAAAUGUCAUGUUAUAUAAAGUUUAUGGUCUAAACUCUUUUAUACAUGCUUUAUUAGUUAGAAUGGUAACUUUCAUAUUUCAACAAUUUUGCUGCCUGUGAAUCUCAAUUUAAUUACAUUUCAGUAAACUUUUGUGUGUGAGUUUGUUGUGAAGUUUUUCAGGUUUUCUCCCCCCUUUAAAAAAAUUGGUUGGGCAUCUGUUUAUGUGAGUAUUUUUGCGUGCAUAUGCGUCACCGAAGUGUACUCAUGUAUGUAUGUCUGUGAUGGUUAUAUGUGUGCAUAUGUACAAAAGUCGUGUACUUUAUUCUCUGCAGGCUAUCUGUGUAUGUGUGUAGGUGGGUGUUUUUGUAUGUACGGUUCAUCCAUGUACAUGUGUUCAAGAGGGUUGUUGUGCGCUUACACAUUAUGUAUUAUAAGUGCUAGGACACAGCAAAUCUCAAAACAAAUUAUUCAUGUAUUGCGUUUACUGUAUAUGUGCUCUCUGCUCUCACGUUGGAUGACGUUCCAAACUAUUAUCAUGCUUAGCCUAUUGAUGCUGUCUUCAAAGAAGCGGGGUGGGGAAAUUUUUUUUAACCUUACCCUUUUCUGUCUUUCUUAUAAGGUUUUAUACUUUUUAUGUAAUGUUAAGUGAUCUAAACAAGAUCCAUUGAAACUAUUUCUUUCAAAAUUGAAAACGAUUAUACAGGUCUGUGCUUUGAAAAUACAGAAUACAUUUCACAAUUACUGCUUAAAAUUUUAUUUACCCCAUAUGCUCCGUCAAUUUUUCUUCCCCUUACAAAGAUAUUAUAUAUUAUGAUAACAGUGUUUUCCCUGGAUCUAUUUUGUCUGUUUUCCAGUUUGUGUUCUUCUCUCAUUUCUAUUCUCAACUGGAAUUGGCUAUUCUUUCCCCUUGCCCCCC